GCCAGGCUUGUAUUAAGUACUGACUCAACAUCAAUUAUUGACUAUUAUUCUACUCGCUUUUCAUUCCUACUGUGCCAGGCAUUGUGUUUGUGGUUCACUGCCAGGUCAUUGUUUGUUUCCCCACCAAAUUCCCCAUCAUAUGGACAUAAUGAAGCAGAGAAGUUCUGUAGCUUGUCCAGCAACACGUAACUAGUAAAUGACUGAGCUGAAGUUGAAUCCAGGUGACUUGGACUCCCAAGUCCAUGGUCUUCCCCACUGUCCCUCUGGUUAGAGGAGGGAGGAAAGAUCACAUAGUCAUCUGGCCUUAGCCAUAUCACUUAAUCUCUCUAGGAUCCAGGUCCUUUAAAAUGGGAGUAAUAGUGUACCUCUGUCACAGGGUUUGGUGAAAUGCUAUGAGAAGGUAUUUAAAGCACUUAUCCCAGUGCCUAGCGUGCAGUUAGUACUUGGUAAUUGCUUGGUGCUUGUGAGUUUCAGUGGAGGGAGGGAUUCACUUUUAUUAGGAGGAAAAGUCAGCAAUUGACAUGGUGGAUCUAGAGGUAUUCUGAGCAGAAGCCGUGGAGAAAGCAAAGGCAUGGAAGUGAAGACAUAUCCUGUCCCUUCAGGACUGGGUCAUGUGUAGCUGUGCUGGCUGGGGUGCGGGGUCUGAAGGAGCAGCCACUGGAGGUGAGGCUGAGAGGAGGCGGCCCCAGGUGUGCCUUCCUCCUCCUGUUAGACCCUCUGUCAGGAUGGGGUGGGCAGCUUGCUCACAGCCUCUCAGGGUCCUCCCCGGCCCUGGGCCUGGCCAGCGCCCUGCCUCUGUGCCAGCGUGUGCGUUGGGAUUUCUGGGGGCGGAUGGCACCAUGGGCAUCUUGCCAGAGAGGUGACUGUGGCUGGCGCUUAGGGGGUUGGGCCCAUUUCCUGGGGCCUGUCAAGGGGAACAGUUCAGGACUUGGAGAAAAGAGGCCUGUGGGAGGAGGGCCAGGUGAUGCAGCAGCUGGAUGAGCAGGAAUGGGAGGCGGGGGGCAUUGGGCAAGCACGAACACAGGAGCUGUCAACUCUCACGUUACUUAGUCGUCUCCCACACCCUGAUCGUCGCACGUGAGCCAGAAAGACCAAGGCUGGCUGGUGGCGGCAUCUGGGACGAAUGGCUCACCCUCCGGAGUUUGCUGGGGUCUCACUGCCAGAGCCCUCAUAUCUCAUUUCAUUCAUCAUUAGGGUAAUCUCGGGGGAUGAGAGUUUACUAUCUUAUUUAAAGGGAGAUCAAAGUGACGCUGAGGGGUGAAGUGUUACCUCAGUUAAUCCUUAUGGCAGUCUCGUGUGACAGGAGUUUACUGCCUCAUUUAAAAGAAGAUCAGCUGAGGAUGAGGUGAGAGGCCUUGCCCUAAGUCACAGUAACAGAACCAGAAGUUAGGACUCAGCCUCUUUUGGUCUAAGUCUAACGUUCUUUUCCCUCUUCUGCUGUGGCCUCAGAUCCGGGGCUCUGGAUGCUCCCAAAGCAGCUUCCUCUUGUCUUACUUUCCUGGUAACUGCCAAGUGGUGCCUGGUAAGGGCAGCAGAAAGGGCUCCUUUAAAAAGAGCUGUGAUGUUGGGAGGCUGCCCUGUAAAGGAAUGAGAGAUCCUGGAGGAGGACCUGGAGGGCUGAACCAUCCUCCCCGGCUCUACCCUCUUCCUUUCCUCAGGUUCCUCAUUGUGGGGGCUGAUCCCCGAAGAGCACGUGACCUUAUGGCACUCCCCUCCCCCAUUCAUGCAUGAUCGCUGUCUUCUCCGCCAGCUGUCCUCUACUUCCUCUUCCUCCCCGCUGUUUCCUCUUUCCCUCCUUACAGAGCAGACUGAUGUGCACUUCCCUGGUUGGGGUGGGGCUGUCAGCCUGCGGUGCCACCGACUGGUCUAGGAGGCAGCAAGGGUUUGGGAAUGGUCUCUGUGGUUGGCCAAGGCCUUACUCUUCCAGUCAAGCUGUACCACCUGAGUGCCGAGACCGGAGAUGAGCUGUCCCAGAGUAACACCAGAAUUGAGGACAGACCUCAGGGGCAGAGUCCGUGAAGCCCAUGACUCCCGCAUCUGAUUGUCCCUGAGUUAGUGUGCGGGGUAAAGGUAGGGCGGGUGGCAUUACUGCUCUAGCUCUGGCCUCUGGCUCAUGCCUCCUCCCCUGGAUCCUUGCUGCAGGGAGAAGGAGCAGAUGAGGGGGAGGAGCCGUGGGGCUGGGCCUCCAGAGACUCUGAGAGGAGGGUCAUCCUCUUACCUCCCUGGGCAGGACCACAGCUCUGCCAGCACCAACACAUUUCCAUCUCUGCCGUUUGCACAGCCUAUCUUCAGAAGAGACACCAGCUUAAUACCCUUGACCAUUUCUUCCAAACCCUCCCAGCUGUCACACUCUUCCAGAGUUUUCCCAGGUGCCCACACAAAACCUCAUGCUGGAGCUAAAAGCCAUGCCUUUUCAUUCUGUCCAAGCACUCAGUGUUCCCCUACUUAGAUUCCUCCUCAAGGCAAAACAAUCUAGCCUAUAUUUUCCUGUCUCCUACAAAAGAUCAUUAUCUUACUUACUCAUUCAUUCUAUAAAGUCCUGGGCUCCUUGUGGUGACUAGCCAAUGGCUCUGCUCUCUGGGAAGCAUCCUGGAGCCAAAUCCUGAAUCAACUUGAUCUCUCUGAGCAAGCGCCCAGUCCCGGCUAGAGGAAGGGUAACAAGUAGAGGCCUCCUUGGAGGGGCUUUCUGCCCCAAGAUGGUUCCUCUGUCCUCACAGGCCCUCCCAGACAUGGCCUGUCCCUGUCCCAUCUGGUAAGCAGAAGGCCUGGCUCAGGGCUCUGCCCCAUGCUGUCUGUUCCAGGCUGGCCUUCCUCUACCAGUGGCAGUGGACGACUUGGCAGGUGGGGAGGUGGGCCUGGCUCUUACUGUUCCUAGCCUUUUCUCCUUUUCAUAUCUGCUGAGUCCCAGAACAGUCCCAGGAUGGGCCACCGAAUUCAUUUCCUUAGGGCAAGUGCCAAGGUCAACUGCAGCCACAGCCAGCCCAGUCUGUCACCAUGCCAACCAGAGCAGCCCUAGCCGUUGAGGGCUGGGCUGAGGCCAGGAGUAGUGGCAUUGGUCAGUGAGGGAGUUUAGGUCCCCACUGGCCUGACGUGGGGAUAGGGGCCGUCAGCAAUGUGGUUGGAGCAAGGAAGAGGCUUCAGGGACUAGGGGCUGAGUGGGUAGAUGCUGGAGAAAAGGGGCCUCUCCCCACCGUCUCCUAAGGUCAGCGUCUUUCUGCAGGGCUGUUUCUUAUUUUCAGUUGUUGUGCUGGUAUUGGUGGUGGUAGGUCCUUCGGGGUGUUUGCUUUUCAUCUGUUGCUGCUUUAGCGGACACUGUUCUUUGUCCCUCCCCGGAAGCAUUUCUAGUGCAAAGUCUUAACAGGGUCCAUAAAGCCAUUAUCAUACUACUUUGAAAAAAUAAGUUGGACUGUCAGCUAAUAGUUAAGAGAUAGCUAGUCCACCUAUCUGACUUGGUUACUCAGUAACUAGUGCUGGGUAAGGGGAGGUGGGACUGUAAGAAGUGCCACUUCUUGCUAACAAAGACUUCGAGGGCCACGGGGCAGGCAGCCCCACCUGGGACAGUCUGUGGGCCUCACCAGGCACGUUCCUGGGUCCCUGGCCUGCCUGCCCAGCCUGGCCCAGACUAGGCUUCCAUGCGCCCCUCACAGCCACCCUGGGGCUGGCGAGACAGAGCCCAGCCGUGUGUAUUCUUCCCCCUGCACACUUUCUGGGGCCUCUUGAUUCUGUAAGAAGCGCUCAUGAGAAAAGAAGUGAAACCCACGGGUUCUCCAUGACGUCAAGUCUCUUUCCUGUGAGUUACUGUUAGCUUGUCAGCCUUGGCCUCAGCCCAGCCCUUAACCUGCCCGAUGUCUCCAGUCCCCCUCUGAACAAUGGCACCUUAGGCUUUUUCUCAGAAGAGCUGCCAAAGUAGAAUGGAAAGAGGGCUGGACCAAGGGGAGGCCUGGCUCCAUGUCCGCUCUGCCCAGCUAGCUGCACGGUCAGGGUUCGUCUGCCGUCAUGCUGGAGCCCAGGCCGCAGCCCAGAGGAAGCCCGUGCCAGGCCAGUGUCACACAGCAUGUGUGAGGACCUCUUCCCCCCGACCCAGGCCCUGCUCCAGGAGUCAUGACUCUCCUGCUAUCUUGGGUCUCUACUGGGGUUGAAGUCAGAGCUGGGAGAAAGAUCAGGCCAGGCCCCUGGGUAGGGCUGGAAUCUCGCAGGUCUGCAUGUCUGGGACCUCUGCUGAGCCUCCCAGUUUACUCCCAAGGGAGCGUUUGGGCAGGCCCACAGGCCAGGCGAGGGCUCUGGUAGCUUUGGGGUGUCUUUGUGUUUCAAGCCCAGGUCUGCAUACUGCGAAGGAGGAGGAGGGGCCCGUGCUGGCCUCCAAGUCCCUACCUUAGAGACAGUCCGGGGCCUGGAACCCCCGCCACCUGGAGGAGUUUGGUGCCAACCCCCACGCUAUUCACCUCCCAUAGCAGAGCUGUAUGGGCUGCCUCAGCCCCCUCUGGCUUCCCUUCCUCAGAGUCUGAAGUAACAGUAGCUGUCAUUUUUAAGCGCCUAUAGGGGGUCAGGGACAUAUAAGAGCUGUCCUGUGCAUCAGCUCACUAACCUGUCGAUAGCCCAGUGAGAAAGGUGAUAAACCCUCCACUUUUCAGAUGACAAAUAGGUUUAAGGAAUGAAAUCAGGUUCCACCUUAUUCCUAAGUCCUUGCUCUUUUCCCUUACAGACACCAGCUCCCUGAAAUGCACCACAGAGCGUCCCCCAGUAGCCAUGUGCCUGGGGAGUGGCUGGCAGGAUGGAUAAGGCAGAGGGAACUGGUCCUGCCUUCUGCUGGGGGCUUGCCAAACUAAUCAGCAGGGCAGAGCCCUGGGUCUUUACCUGGCUUAGCCUGGGUCGCAUCUAGAACUCUCUGACCUAGCAAAUCCCACCCCUUUUCAUUGACUUCCCAUCACCCUCAAGGGACAGUCUAAACUCCACAGCUUGGCACCCAAGGCACUCCGUGACCUGCCCCUCCCUCCUUCCCAGCUACCUCUCCUUGCAUGCUUGGCUCCUUCCCACCUUCCAGAUAUCCUGAGCUACACACAGUUCCCCAAACAGGCAGUGUUAUUCAUGCCUCCACGCUUUCGUGCGCAGACUUCCCGCUCCCUGGCACCGGCUCCUGCCUCAGCCCCGGCAGGCCUGGCUACUUCCCGCUUCUUUGUGAAGAUUCUGCUGAAGCCUCACCCCCAGAAUCCUUUCCUGACUCUGCUCCCAUCCCAGCUGGUCUCCGUGUCCCUGCGUCCAUGUCGUGCAGGGCUGCCCUCGUUAAUAGCUCGGUCAUGGCCAUGCUGAUCUGUGAGUCCCCGGAGAUCUCUCUUACAGUUUCUCUGGCCUAUUGCUGGGUCCCUAGCACCGUGCCUGGCGUGUAUAGGAUGUGGGCGGGAGGGCAGUCUUGUUCUGCCAGAGAAGCACGAUGUCAGAUGUGGGCACGUGUCUGCUGCUCUCACAGCUUCUCCCACCUGAGUUCUGGAAGAAGAGGACACCAGGUGAAGGAGGAGAAGGGAGAACAGCUGGGCUGGCAGAAGUCAAGGGAGGGUGAUCUGAGCUGUCUCCUGGGUGGGCAGGUGCUGGCACUCGGGGUUUAGCAGUAUGGUGGGAGGAGGGAGGCGGGGCAGCCAGGCUGUGUCUUUUGACCCUUCCUUGGCUCCGGCCAGCUCCUGAGAGGGCUCGGUGUGGCUGAGUUGCAGCUUGGACCUCACUGCCAGGCUCAUCAAGGGCGAUCGGUCAGCUCCAGGGCCUUGGGAGUCUUUGAGACCCAGAGAUCUGAUUUGUCACCAGGGUCAGUGGCUGCAUCCAUGUGGCAGCCAAGAUAGGCUCAGCUGAGUCCUGGGGGUCUUGAAGGUGAUGCAACAGAGACCUAGGGACCAGGCUGAGAGUAGCAUCGUGUUCACCUGCUUCUGAGGAUGUGGUUGGUGCUGUCAUCCACGUGCAACUGAUGAGGAAGCCAGAAGCAAAAAAGGUUUAGGAACUUGCAUUUGGUCACACAGUAAAUUAGAGGCAUCCCUCAAAGCUUUCAGCUUUUUUCCAGACCAGGCAGCUCCCCAGGCAGGGCUCCGGGUGAAUGUUACCUGCAAGGCUGUGGUUUUCUCCCAUCCAUUGCUCUUUGAAGAAGUCCCUCUCCAAAUUCUCUCAGAGAACCUCCCCAGAUUCUAGAAGUCCCUAAACAGGGACUCAUGAGCCAUUUGCCAGUAGGAAAACAUUGCUUCCACCAAGCUUGUCCGUGUGGGUCACUGUGACAGCCCCUUGGACUAACCCCAGUAUCCCUGGGGGACCACUGGUGACCCCCUCGUGCACCCUCAGGAACUGGGAGCCAGAGAGGCAGGGCUGGAAAGGAGAGUGACAUCCAGACUAGAGAGUCGGAGCUUUGUUCUCGAUGGAAUAAAGAGCCACUGCAAACCGUUCAGCCUGGUGAUGGAGGUGGCGUGUGCACCCUCCUGGUCUUCAGAAGAUAAGCUGUGGGGCAGUGGGGAGGUUGAAGAUGGAGAAUGAGCCCAGGGCUGAAGUGAGGAGGGGCUGGUGGCCCAACCUGAAUCCAGAUGCUGCUGAAGGCCCCUUUAUUGCACAAGCAGUAGCCUUCAUGAUGUGCUUGGGGGAGAUGAUUUGGGGGUUUGGAGGCAGAUCCCUGGAGAGGGCAGACUCAGCCUCCAAGGGUUCUGGCCCUUCGGUUCAUGCAGCCCAGGGAGAGAAAGGGCUUCAGGGCCCAUCCUCGCCUGCGUCCCCAACUUCUCCAUAAGCUCUUUAAUAAACCAGGCUCUGGGCUUCCUGUGGGGCUGGCAGUCCAUUCUGAGGUCUAUUUUCCAUGUACUUCCUGGGUUUGGGCUGCUGACUGGGCUCAGCUGACGCCACGCUGGGGAAGCAGACGAUGACUCAGGAGGCCUUGGAGGCCCUGCCCCGGACCCUCAGGAGAAGGGAGGCAUGGGGCGUGCAGGGGAAACUCUGAUGGUGCGUGGCUGAACUGUUCUUUCCACCCCAGACCAGGGCAGGGGAUGAGAGGGGGGUGGCUGGGAGAGGGCACAUGUGAUGUAUGAGCCACGGGUGGAAAGAAUGACCCUUCUGUCCAGUCACGUGGACUAGCCUGGGACCAGGAAGAAGACCUGGGUUUGCCACCAGCUUUCCGUCUGCUGCCACGUCUCCAUCUGUUUUGGGCUCUGCUCUGACUGGGCUGCAGCCAGUGCUGUCUGCUGUGUUCUGGGCUUAGAUGGAGCCUUGUCCUCGCUUUAAAGAUAGACGCCCCUCCUGCAUCAGCCUCCUACCCGCUUUUGCCUUUUCUGGCAUUUUAAAUAUGGUUCUCUCUCCCUGCCCCCAUCUCUCUCUCUCUCUCACACACACAUAGAGGCACCCUGACCCUAGUGAGGCUGAAGAGAAGCCAAGGUGAUGGGGAGCAGGGGGAGGUGCUCUGGUGUCGUCCAGGGAGCUCGUGCUGGGCCAGCGCUGUCAGGUCCCAGGAGUCGGGACCAGGGAGAUAGGCCUCCCGAGCACCCUGGCCUCUGUGCGUCUGUUCCUACCCUCCCCUUGGCCUCUGCCCCAAGGAACUUGUGUCUGGAGGGGAGCCCGAAGGUCGAGAGCGGCGGUGCUGAGACCCUGAGGCUGCCAGAGGAGGCACAGGUUCCGAGGCUUCAUCCUGCUGAUGACCUUCCUCAUCUACACCACUUAUCACAUGUCCCGGAAGCCCAUCAGUGUUGUCAAGAGCCGUCUGCACCAAAACUGCUCAGGGAUAAUCGAGCCCGUCAACGGGAGCCACAGUCUCAACGACACCACGUGGUGCAACUGGGCCCCGUUUGAUCAGAGCAACUACAAGGAGUUACUGGGGGCCGUGGACAACGCCUUUCUCGUGGCCUAUGCCAUCGGCAUGUUCAUCAGUGGCAUUUUUGGGGAGCGGCUCCCCCUCCGUUACUACCUUUCGGCCGGAAUGCUGCUCAGUGGCCUUUUUACCUCGCUCUUUGGCCUGGGGUAUUUCUGGAACAUCCACGUGCUCUGGUACUUCGUGCUCAUCCAGAUCUGCAACGGCCUUGUCCAGACGACGGGCUGGCCCUCCGUGGUGACCUGUGUUGGCAACUGGUUCGGGAAGGGGAAGCGGGGGCUCAUCAUGGGCAUCUGGAAUUCCCACACGUCUGUGGGCAACAUCCUGGGCUCCCUGGUCGCCGGCGUCUGGGUGGAUGGGCAGUGGGGGCUGUCCUUCGUGGUGCCGGGCAUCGUCAUCGCCAUCAUGGGCCUUGUCACCUUCUUCUUCCUCGUUGAGUACCCAGAAGACGUGGACUGCACCCCUCCUCAGCACCACGGUGAGCCAGAAGAGAACCUGGACAACCCUGAGGACCCUGCGAACAGACCCCACGCUAACAAGGAGAGCAGCCUGGAGUCUGCUGGCAGCGGCUCCAAGGAGCCAAGCGCUGGGCCUGCUGCCAUCAGCUUCUUUGGGGCCCUCCGGAUCCCGGGCGUGAUCGAGUUCUCCUUGUGUCUGCUCUUUGCCAAGCUGGUCAGUUACACCUUCCUCUACUGGCUGCCCCUCUACAUCUUCAAUGUGGUUCACUUUAGUGCCAAGGAGGCCGGGGACCUGUCCACGCUCUUCGACGUUGGUGGCAUCAUAGGCGGCAUCUUGGCGGGGCUCGUCUCUGACUACACCAACGGCAGGGCCACCACCUGCUGUGUCAUGCUGAUCUUGGCUGCCCCCAUGAUGUUCCUGUACAACUACGUUGGCCAGAAUGGGAUUAGCAUCUCCAUAGUAAUGCUGAUUAUCUGUGGGGCCCUGGUCAAUGGCCCAUAUGCGCUCAUCACCACUGCUGUCUCAGCUGACCUGGGCACUCACAAGAGCCUGAAGGGCAAUGCAAAGGCGCUCUCCACCGUCACGGCCAUCAUCGACGGCACCGGAUCCAUAGGUGCGGCUCUGGGACCUCUGCUGGCCGGGCUCAUUUCCCCUACAGGCUGGAACAACGUCUUCUACAUGCUUAUCUCUGCCGACAUCCUGGCCUGCUUGCUCCUCUGCCGGUUGGUGUACAAAGAGAUCCUGGCCUGGAGGUCAUCCCUGAGAAGAGACAAAGGCUCUAGUGUGGCCCUAACCCACGCGCGGUAGUAUUUUCCUCAAAUCCCAUGACUUUUGUAUAGAGAAAUGUGAGGCCCCGAUCAGGACAGAAGCGUGGAGGGCCCCCGCCGGGCCCCAGAGUGCUCCCCCACAGAUGGCUGAGGCAAAGCCUCUUGACCCGACAGCAGCUGGCCCAGCCCACGGGCUCUGACGGGCCAGGAGACUCCACAGGAAGGGGACUGCCAAGCUUGAGGACACGGAAGACCCAGGGGCCUUGCUGCAGGAUGGAAGGAAAGUGCCCACUGAACUGGGAAGGCAUCUUGAGACCAAACACUAGGCCGGCAGCUCCACGAGACCAGUGGAUCAGUUUAUCGCGGGGUCACUUACUCAUGGGGUGGGAUCGGGGUCGACUCAGGUAGAUACACUCUGGAAGCAUUCGCAGCUGCACUCUGCACCGCGGAGGGGCCGUUGGGACGAUUUUGUAGUUAACCUAGGUCGGGGCAGGAGCUUGGAAGGAGGACAGGCAUUCCUAAGUUAAGAUGAUGAAUGGAUAACUAGUCGUGUGGGUGCCGGGAAUACGUCAGGGAAGGUUUUCAUCAUUGUUUGGAGACUAACAGAGCAUAGAGGCUACCUGGUCCUAAUGGUUAUUAAACAGUAUCUAUUAACUACAAGGCCCUUGAUGACAGAGGAGUGAUUCACCACACAGCACAGUCCUGGGUGGAGUCAGCAAAAGAAGAGGAGAGACUGUGAGGGCCCAAGACGGCCUCAGUUACGCUGACAGCAGUACAGGUGUGAGCUCUGGAGGCUGUGGGCAGAAGGGUUGGGGAUCGGGGCUGAGUGUGGUCUCCGUUUGGUACAAGAAGGAUAUGCUCAAACUCCUGCUGCUUUAGACUCCAACACAGAAGGCAGAGUUUCAGUGGAGCCAAGGCCUGGAAAAAGUGUCUCCUUCUCACGUUAAACUUGAACCUCUGUAAUCAGCCUGUCCCUCUAAGUGGGUAUUUUCAAGCCACCCGGCCCCUCUUUGUCCCUUUGUCCACAAGCUGGUUUUCUCCAGGUAGCUCCCCCCUGUGGCACCUCUCCUACCCUCCGUUUGAUCCUGUUUCUAACUCUUGAUCCGUUUUGAUUAGAGCAUUAUUGCUGUAUCCUCCGGGGCCAGGACUAGGGAGAGGCGAGGAGUCAUCACUCCCGGGCUCGGACCUGUGCCGCCCCUGAGAGUGAGCGCCCCCUGCCUUGCUCGAGUCCCAGUCCUCUGUGUCCCCAGGGACGGUGGCACAUCAGGGCAGUGCUGUGGGGAAUGGUUUGGGGUGGGGUGGGCAUGACUGAAAAUACCAAUAUAUGCAUUAAAUAUUUUGAUAACGAAA